AGAGAGUUAAUGUGAAAGUCAGCUGUGGGGUUCAAGUGAGAAUACUAAAAUCAACUCACACCCACCACAUGCACACACACACACACACACACAAAAACACACACACACACACAAUACUACAGCACUGCUGAUUGAUUCCUAUACAUACAGAGCAAUGGACGAAAACAGCACCUCUUAUAAUGCCACGCUUGAAAAUGUCACCCAGGAGUAUUUCGAUUAUUAUGGAAACUGCACAGGUAACAACUGCAAUCCCAUUGAGAUGUGUGAGCCAGACAACAGCCACGAGUUGGCCAGCAUGGCUGUCCAGGUCACGGUUUUCAUCAUCGCCUUCCUCCCUGGUGUAAUUGGGAAUAGUUUGGUAAUUGCCACAUUCGCCAAGUAUCGGCGCGUGCGUCUGCGCUGCAUGACCGACGUCUUCCUUUUCUAUCUUGCGAUUUCUGACCUUUUUCUUCUGCUUACUUGGCCACUGGAAACCACCGAAACCAUCCUGGGCUCCUGGGUGCUUGGGGACGAGAUGUGCAAGCUAAACUAUGGCCUCUGUGCCAUUAACACGUACGGUGGCUUGUUGCUGUUAGCAUGCAUAAGCAUCGAUCGUUACAUGCUUGUUGUAUGGGCCAAGGCUGCUCAGGCUUUACGUUCAAGUAUGCUAUGCUACAGUAAGUUGGCUGCGAUUGCCGUGGUGGUGGCCUCCUUCAUGCUCAGCUGGCCAGAGCUACUGACCACCUCUGUGAAUCCAGAAUCAUUGAGGUGCGAGUACAUAAGGAAUGAUUAUGGCAACGUGAGGGUAAAGACGUGGUCACGUGUGGCAAAGAUCACAGGAUUUUGUGUGCCAUGCGUUGCCAUGCUGGUGUGUUACAGAGCCAUCGGCCACGUGUUGAUGCAGGGCCGGGGAAAGUGCUUUCGCAGACAGAAAACUCUGCGACUCAUAGUAGCACUGAUUGGGCUCUUCCUGCUGUUCCAACUGCCGUACGCCAUAGUGCUUUCUAUCCGAAUAUUCACGACCAGAUAUACUUGUGAGAUGUGGUCAGGCAUUCACCUGGCAGAGGACAUCACCCGCAGUCUUGCUUACGUCCGCUGCUGCCUCAACCCUCUACUCUACGCCCUCGUAGGAAUAAGAUUCCGAAACGACGUGAUGCGGUUUCUGCGUGAUUGUGGUUGCAUCUGUUCUUGCCUGUCACACCUGACACCAAAACUGGAACAUGGAAGCUCAGCGACUCUCUCAUCCCCUCCUCUUACUAGUACUAUGCCCUAUGAUCUUAAUUCACCUAAAUUCUUACUUGAUACUGGCAAAAAUCCUGAAGGUGUGCCUCAAAUAUCAUAUACACCCAACAUAUUUUUCCCUUCUACCUUCCCAGAAUUGCAAAAACCUGGGGGUAUUGUUUAUUCAACUUACCAGUGACCUUUCUAUUUUAAUCAAAUGUUUCUGUUUCUACCCUGAAGUUGAUUAUGUUUCUUUAAAUGUAAGUGUUUUAUAAAAAUCUAACUUGUGUUAUAACAGCUGUAAACAAUCAAUCCUUUAUUAACUUGCCAUGUUACCAAGAAGCAGGAAAGUCCUCUGUCCUGUCACUUGAGGCUCCUUCCAUUAAGCUUCAAUGUCACGUUACAGAAAACAUGUAUAUCACUUGUUACUAUAUCUUCUUACAUCCUUGCAAAUGGAACUAUUCUCAGAGCAGCUCAUUUCUGUUUCUUUCCAAUCUUUCAACAAUAUAAUGGAUCUUUUUCCUUUUUUAGAGUAGAAAAACUUAAUAUAACAAGAUCAAGUUAUUUGUUAAACAUUUCAGCCUAAUAUCAAAUAUUAUAUAAUAUAUUUGUUGUUUGUCUUUUUAAGUCUAGACUUAAUAAAGGGCCGUAUUAAUGUUGCAGUAAUUCACAGCGAGUGGUAAAUGUACUUAAUGUAAAUGCUUGUGGAAUGAGUUGCAAUUUACAAUCAAUUUAAAACCAUUAAACGCAACACAAAUACAUCAGUAUCUUAUUUUUUGUUAUACAUAUAAAUAAACAAUGAAAUA